AUGAAUGAUGAAUAUUAUGAUAGUUUAAAUAAUAAAAUUCAAAAAAAGAAUGAAAUUAAUUUUAAAGAAAAUAUUGAAAUUUUAAAAAGAAUUAAAGAGAAUAUAAAAGAUUCAGAAAAGAUUAUAAAUGUUGUAAUUAAUGAAAAAACCAAUACAGUUGUUUAUUUAAUUGGUACAAUUCAUGUUUCACAACAAUCAUGUGAAGAUAUUAAAACUUUAUUAUCAAUUGUUGAACCUGAUACAAUAUUCAUUGAAUUAUCAAAUGAAAGAGCACCAUUAUUAACAUCAACUGAAGAUCAAAUUAUUAGUCAACUUUUAAAAAAACCAAAUAUAAAUUGGUUUACAACAAAAUUAUCAGAUUUUUAUUUAUCAAUUCAUCAAAAUUUUUAUUAUUAUACAACUAAAAUUUCAAUGAAUAAUAAAUUUUUAAAAAAUCAAAUUGGCAAUAAUGUUAAUAAUGAAAAUAAUAAACCAUAUAUUUAUGGUAAUGAAUUUAGAAUUGGAUAUCAAUAUUCAAAAUUAAAUAAAUGUUCAGUUUUAUUAGGUGAUAGAAAUUUUAAAUCAUCUUGGAAUAGAAUUUUUAAUUAUUUAGAUUUAAAAACUAUUUUAGAAUUGGGUGGAUAUGGUGUAAAAACAUUUUUUAAAAUUUAUAAUCAACCAAUUGAUGAAAUUAGAGAAGAAUAUUAUAAAUCAGUUAAUGAAUUGAUUGAUGCAUCUUGGAAAAGUGAUAUUUGGAGAAGAGAUUUACCAAUGGCCGUUCAACGUGGUUUGAUCGAUGAAAGGGACCAAUUUAUGGCAAGUUGUAUUAGAGAUGCACCACAUUCCAAAAGAAUGGUUGCAAUCGUUGGUAAAGGCCAUAUAAAAGGUAUUUCAAAUCAUAUAAAUGAUAAAGAGGAAGGAUUCUAUAUUCGUAGUGAUUUAGAGGGUUUUCAAGAACCUACUUUACUUUCAAAAUAUUCUUAUCCAAUCCUAAUGCCAUCAUUAUUAUUAUUACCACCAACUUUAUCAAUUUACUCUUUUCAUCGUUUUAUUAAACCUUUAUCAAAACCAAAAUUCACUUUAGCUCUAUUAUCAACUUUAUCAAUUGAAUUAUUUUCAAUAAAAUAUUUAAUUUCAAAUUUUGAAAAUAAAUUAGAAAAAUUAUAA